AUGAACAUCUCAGAAACCACUACAAUAGCAUCACCAAUAAAAGAAACUUUAAAUCAUCAACCAUUAACACCUGAUAGAAAGUCUUCAGAAAAAGAAAUGCAAAAUCAAUUACCAACUAGAUCAAGAACACGUAAUGGCAAUGUUACAACAAAUAUUGACACAAUGAUAGCUUCAGCCAAUGCUCCUAAAUCGAGAACAAAAAAGAAUAAUACAAAUAAUAAUGGGAUAGCAACGGAUAAUGACAACAACAUAAAUAUAUCCUUAGCAGACGAGGCUGCAAGUACGAACACAAAUGGUAAUGAAUAUGGUAUAAAUUUUUCAAUGGGUUCAGAUAUAACAAGUAAACCAAAUAAUAAUGACAAUAAUAAUAAUAAUAACAAUAACAAAUCACAAGAAUCACCCUCACAUUCAUUUUUAUCUUCUUCAUCUUCUGUAUCACCACCACAAACACAGUCUCAAUCACAAUCACAAUCACAAUCAUCAACUCCUAUACAAUCACAAUCACAAUCACAAUCACAAGAAAUAUAUGAAACUCAGUCCCAACCAUUAACAACAACAACUACCACUACAACAUCAACGUCAAAUAAAAAAAGAAGGUCUGCUUCAACAUCAUCUAUAAAUACAGAUAACAAUUCAAAAUCAACUACAUCUAGUAAAUCAAGUAAAAGACCACCCAAGGGUAAAAAAGAUAAGAAAAAAGAUACAGAGGAAGAGGAUGAUGAUGAUGAGAUGGGAUCGACUCGGUCAUCAGGUUCUACAAAAUCAAAAAGAUCAAGGCUAUCAGGUUCAGAGGAGAAAACAAGUAAUAGGUUCGAUAACUCUUUAGUGCAACUAACCAAAAAAUUUUUAGAUCUCAUCGAAAAAUCUCCAAAUGGGGUUUUGGAUCUUAAAGUAGCAUCAGAGAAAUUAGAAAUUUCAAAAAGACGUAUAUAUGAUGUUACAUGUGUUUUAGAAGGUGUGGGGCUUAUUGAAAAAUGUUCAAAAAACCAAGUAUUGUGGAAAGGAGUAGAUGUCAAUACAACACCAAGUACCCAACCCAUUGAUCCAAAAUGUACAGAUAAUUAUAAAAAAGAAUUAAAAAGACUAAUCGAAAAAGAAUCAAAUUUGGAUAAUUUAAUUAAAAAAGCAAAUAAGAAUAUUCAUAAUAUAUUAUAUGAACCAAAAUCUUCAAAGUAUAUGUUUGUUACACAUGAUGAUUUAAGAGGAAUCGAGAAGUUUAAAGGUGAAACUGUUAUUGCCGUAAGAGCACCAUCUGGUACAAGGUUUCAAAUUCCUGACCCAGACGAGGGAAUGGAGCCGGGAACAAGAAGAUAUCAAAUUUUACUUGACAAUGAAACUGGUACUCCUAUUGAUGUUUUCCUUUUAAAUCAAACACCAGUACAAUCCGAUACACCUCCACAGCAAUCAACCCCACAACAUUUGCAGCUCCAACAAUUACAACAAACAACCGCACAGCAAGAUCAAUUGAAUUCGAGCGAUAGUAAAAGUUUUUCGGAUGAAUAUAGCUAUGCUACCAAUGCAAUAUCAAAUGCCUUGGUUAGUAUAAACAACCAGCAUAUUCAACAACAGCAACAACCCACACAACAUACUUUUAAUAAUAUAGAUCAAAAUCAUUUAAAUGUCAGUAAUAUUCUUUCUCCUAAUAAACAAGUAGCCCAAGGUACAUUUUUAUCAACCCAAAAUGCGUCAUAUUGGGAACCAAAUUCAAUAUUACCAUCAUACUCGCCAUUUGAAAUUGUAAAUGGUAAUAACAAUAAUAACAAUAAUCAGCACAAUGAUAAUCGUAAUCCAAAUAUGUUGUAUGUUGACCAAUCAUCCGAAUUUAAUUAUUUUGACAGCAUGAUAGAGUCUGAAGGUAUAUCUGAACUUUAUACUGAUGAUUCAUUUUUAACACAAUCUUUUGAUGAUUUUGGAAAUCAAUCAAUAGAUCAUUAAUUGAUCAUCACCAAUAUUUAUCAAUAAAAUAAAUAAAAAAAAUAAAAAUAAAAAAAAAUAAAAAUAAACUUUUUAUUUUUUUUAUUUUUUGUAUAUAAUAU